GAAUGUGCGAUUCACAAUUGUGGUUUUGUAUCCUUAAAACACGGAGGACCAGAGAUACCGUUUGAGAUGACGAUUGAAUUAUGUUAUCAUCAUCGCCGGCGGUCACCACCACCGCACAUCCUCCUCCAUCACCGGAAACCUACCAAAUUCCUCUGAAUUUACUUUCCUCGCCGCGUAUUACCCGCCGAGACCUUUUCAAGACUCUAUCCGUAUGUAUUGCCACACCAUCACUCUCAGUCUCCAUCGCCGCACCAGCCAACGCACGCGGCCUCUUUCAAAUGCCGCCUCUCCGGCUAUCUAAUCGUUAUUACCUUGUGAGAGCUGGGGAAUCAGAUUAUGAGAGCUUAGGGAUAAUCAACACAAACCCGGUUGCCAAAACAUCGGUAGAUAGCGGAUUAUCUGAGAAAGGUAAGAAGCAGACGCUGAGAGCUGCGUUACAGUUAAAGGCAAUGGGAGCUUGUGACCGAAACUGUUGGCUCUGGCCUUCCAUAACACAGAGAGCUUAUCAGGCUGCUGAAAUCAUCGCCGCCAUCAGUGGAAUCAGUCGCAGCUAUAUAGUUCCGGAAUAUAGCUUCCUCGAUGCUCGUGGUUUAGGAGCUUACGAAGGCAAGAAGCUAGAAUCCAUAUCAGAAGUUUAUGCAUUAGAUUCAAUAUCGAUGAAGACAAAACCUCCUCCUAUAAGCGACGGUACCCCCAACGAGAGUGUAGCAGAUGUCUUUGUGCGUGUGACGCAGCUCAUGUCCAUUCUCGAGACUCAAUACUCAGAGGACACAAUUGUGAUUGUUUCUCCUGAUUCAGACAACUUAUCGGUGUUACAAGCUGGUAUUCAAGGCCUCGACCUUCGAAGGCACUCGGAGUUGUAUUUUGGACCAGGAGAAGUAAGAUUGUUAGAUGCAAACAGCAUUCCUGUGUACGUUGGGAUUGUCUUGUUGGCACUUGCAUUUAAUUUUCUCAUUCUAGCUAUCAAUUGGAACAAGUAUCUUCUUUGCUAUAAACCACUGCCUAUAUGGCUUGUGGUCGAUUACACAACCGUGUUUAUCUUUGGCCUUUUGAUGUUUGUGGACAACUGGCUUGCUACUGGACUUGCCUUGGAUUUUGGAAGGCAGCAGCGUGAUUCAAGCUGGUUCUGUAGGAGAGCGGUGGUCAUGUCUAUCUUAGCUUUGCUGCUGUAUCCAUUCAUGUGGGUUUGGACUGUAGUUGGAGCAUUAUUGUUUAUAAAUGCAAGAGACUGUUUACUUGAUGAUCUUCAAAAAUGGGAUUUUAUCACUUGGCUGGUGUCCAGCUGUUGUGUACUCGUCUGCAUUGCCUGGACUUGUGUUGUAAAGUGGUUGACGCGAAGACGUGCACAGUUAUUACGCGCCCAGCAGGGAAUUCCCAUUUCUGAAUUUGUGAUUCUAGUUGACAUGGUUCGGGUACCCGACUGGGCAUUUGAUGCUGCAGGACAAGAGAUGAGAAGUAUGGGCCAAGAUGCUGCUACGUAUGAUAGGUUGAAUCCAUCUCAGAGAAAAGCACUCAUUCAAGAACUUCCAAAGUUUAGGUUAAAAUCUGUCCCAACCGAUUGCACUGAGUGUUCUAUUUGUUUAGAAGAGUUCAAUGUCGGAAACGAGGUUAGGGGUUUACCUUGUGCUCAUAAUUUCCAUGUUGAAUGUAUAGACCAAUGGCUUCGAUUAAACGCAAAAUGUCCACGGUGUCGUUGCUCGGUCUUUCCAGAUCUUGAGCUCAGUGCAGUAUCCAACCUUGAAAGCUCAGAUGCAGGACAUCAAUUCUCAAACAGCGAAACAACAAUGGAAUCUCGAUACAUAAGAAGCCAACCUCCUAGGCAAAGCUACCCUUUGCGAUUACUAGGACUUCUUCGUCCGAGUUUAGAGACCUCUGAUACUGCUCUGGAGACUGCAGAGAACGGUGGGAUUCGUCCGUACUUCUCACCGGAGCUAAACCCCCCAAAUUAGGCGGUGAAAGAAACGAGAAAAGAAGAGUGAGCCUGUAGAAACUUAACUCCCAACUAAUUCCCUUCACGGUUUGAGCUGUACCUGUAUCUAAAAAUAUAGAAAACACUGUAAAUUAAUUUGGUUAAAGUAAAUAAAACGAUCUUCGUUUU